CAGAGAUCCCUUUCUUAAGAUUUGAAGUGAGGAGAAAGGUUACGGUUCGCCUCUCCCGAGGUUGAUACAUUAACUUCCUGGUCUCCUAACAGCAGGGUUUGCUGAGUCAGAGAGGUAAGCCACACCUGUGACUUUAGCUAUGAAGGGAGUGCUUUGACAGAGGCGUCCUUGUCGGCUCAAAGCAUCCUCCGAACCUAGUUGUUGUUUUGUUCACAUGUACGGAUAGAGAGAUGGGUAAAAGGGCUGCUUAGCUCCGGAUGCUGAGUUUCCAUCCGAGGGCAGCCAAGUCCUUGAUUUAUUUGUUUCCUCCGUGAGCUCUCUGUUUACUUUUGAAGUCCUUGCAGGAAGUCAGAGCUAAAAUAGGUGCAGCUAUUUGGGAGUGCGUAAUUGCCAUGUGGACAGCCCGCAUUCCUGCUGUGUCUCUUGGGUGGAGAGAGGCUUCUGCUUCUCCUUGGGCCACCGAGGUGGUUGUCCUGGCCAGGCGAGGAGAGUGACUUUUCCUGUCUCCCGGGGGGUCAGUCUUGGCACCACAGGUCUCCUCCGUUCAUGCCCAGGAGCGUUGUUCAGCCAUGCUGAAGCAGAUCCUAACAGACAUGUACGUGGACCCGGAGCUCCUGGCAGAACUGAGCGAGGAGCAGAAGCAGAUUUUGUUCUUCAAGAUGAGGCAGGAGCAGAUCAGAAGAUGGAAGGAAAGAGAAGUCGCGGUUACUUCGCCGCAGCCAGCAGUGAAGAAAGGUCAGUGAACAAGCAGCUCUGGUGGUGUCUGGGCAUUUGAAAUCUAGUGGGAAGAAAAUGAGCUGUUGUUGUUAUUUGCAUUUAUUAUUGAGAUUUCUAUUGUGCCCUUCAAGCAUGUUUUCAGGGCAAAUGAGAAUACAAUACAAUAAACGGUGAAGCUUUGGGGUAGGGUGUAAGAAAGUACUUCCCUACAGAUGGAAGUUAAUUCCAAGCAUUAUAUGUAAGUCUUUAGAUCACUAAUAAUCAUAAGAAGCCUAUUAUGCAGGUCAGUAGUACUAUUACCUCAGAUUACAUACACUUCAGGUUAUAGACGCUUCAGGUUACAGACUCCGCUAACCCAGAAAUAUUACCUCAGGUUAAGAACUUUGCUUCAGGAUGAGAACAGAAAUCGUGCAGUGGCAGCGGGAGGCCCCUUUAGCUAAAGUGGUGCUUCAGGUUAAGAGCAGUUUCAGAUUAAGAACGGACCUCUGGAACGAAUUAAGUUCUUAACCCGAGGUACCACUGUAUUCCUAAACUGGAGAGGGGAGAAGUCUGUGUGGAUGGAGGCGGGAAGGAAGGCUGAGAGAGAGAGACAGACGGAGAGAGCUACAGUUACCUGAGGCCACCUGGUGAGAUCAUUGCAGAGGUGAGAUUUGAGGUGAGGACUUGGUUUCAAACAGCAGCUGUCUCUCACCUCAGUCACUAUGCUUCACUAGCUACAUUAAAUACACAAGCAUCAGGCUGUUCAGUAACUUUAUUUUGAAGUGGUUCAGGUAGGUCCAAUUUCUAGGAGAUCACUCUUACGGGGAAAAUCCUCAGCUGUCGCACACAGCUCUCCUUUCUCAUGGAAAUGAAGUAACUCUGUCUACCUUUCCCCCUUUGUAAUAAUAAUAAAAAUAAUUUAUUAUUUAUACCCCUCCCAUCUGGCUGAGUUUCCCCAGCCACUCUGUGCGACUUCCAACAGAAUAUUAAAAUACAAUAGUCUAUUAAACAUUAAAAGCUUCCCUAAACAGGGCUGCCUUCAGAUGUCUUCUAAAAGUCUGGUAAUUCUUCUCUUUGACAUCUGGUGGAAGGGCGUUCCACGGGGUGGGUGCCACCACCGAGAAGGCCCUCUGCCUGGUUCGCUGCAACUUGGCUUCUCGCAGCGAGGGAACCGCCAGAAGGCCCUCGGUGCUGGACCUCAGUGUCCGGGCAGAAUGAUGGGGGUGGAGACGCUCCUUCAGAUAUACUGGACCGAGGCUGUUCAGGGCUUUAAAGUUCAGCACCAACACUUUGAAUUGUGCUCGGAAAUGUACUGGGAGCCAGUGUAGGUCUUUCAAAACUGGUGUUAUAUGGUCUCGGCAGCCGCUCCCAGUCACCAGUCUAGCUGUCUCUAUAUUAUUUGUUAAAUUUCUAUACCUCCCUUCUCCAAAAAUCACAGGGUGGUUGACAAUAUAAAAACACAAAAACGCGUAACAUAAUAACAAACAAAAGCAAUACCCCCCCCACCAGUAUAAAAGGCCAGAUUGUUUAAUUAGCCAAAGGCCUGGUUGAAGAGGAAUGUUUUCACCAGGCGCCUAAAGGUAUGCUACAUAGGUGCCCUAGAGAGAGCAUUCCACAAAUGGGGUACCACCACGAAAAAGGCCCUGCUCUCAUGUUGCCACCCUCCAAGCCUCUCAUGGAGGAGGCACACAAAGAAGGACUUCAGAUGUCCAGGUCGGUUCAUAUAGAGACAGGCAGUCCUUGAGGUAUUGCAGUCCUGACCCAUUUAUGGCUUUAUAGGUCAGCACCAGCACUUUGAACUGGGCCUGGAAAUGAAAUGGAAGCCAUUGCAGUCGUACCACCACCACCACCACCUGGCAAUUAAUAUCUACUCUGAGUAAAACUACCACCCUUGGUUUCUCAGUAGAGCUAUCUUGCCCUUCAGUUCUGAAGAACUCUCAGGGUGGCUUACAAUGAAUGGAAUCCAAGUAACAGGAAUGCAAUUGUGUUCUUGUCAAAGCAUCAGAUCAAUAACAGUAAUCAGGGUGUGUUUCAUUGUAGGAACAGGAAAUCCCAGUGAUGAAAUCAACCAUACCAUAGGCUCUCGUGCAACGGGCGAGACGGCACUUUUUCCUCUCACACCGUUGGACCCGCUCUCACUUAGAUAAAUUGCCCCUACCUCACUGAACAAUCCUUACACGAAUGAUUCUUUUCCUUUCCUCUUAAAAUUCUAACCCGGAGUAUCCUGCAGGGGACCUUUGUGAGGGGAUAUUUAGUAAGUUGGAGUCUCAGACAGGUUUUCUUUAAAUAAACAAUAAAGAUUUAUUUAAGGCAAGAUAGUAUAUAACACAAAUGGAUUACACUUAGGUUACUUCAGGAAUGGAGUGCGAUUUCACUUUAAUUUGCUCUCAGUUGUUUUUGGCAUUACAGUGGUACCUCGGGUUAAGUACUUAAUUCGUUCCGGAGGUCAGUACUUAACCUGAAACUGUUCUUAACCUGAAGCACCACUUUAGCUAAUGGGGCCUCCUGCUGCUGCCACGCCACCGGAGCACGAUUUCUGUUCUCAUCCUGAAGCAAAGUUCUUAACCUGAAGCACUAUUUCUGGGUUAGCAGAGUCUGUAACCUGAAGCGUAUGUAACCUGAAGAGUAUGUAACCUGAGGUACCACUGUAUAGGUUUUGUUCCUUUGUACGGUGAUACUUUCUUUCAGUUAUCCACCCCCUUUAACAAUCCUGCUCCUGAGGUACUUUAAGUAAUAGACCCAGGGGCUCUCCACACCCCAUCCCUUCACUGGGUUUUGGGAGUUUCUUCUUUUCCUUGGAAGAAUCUCUCUCCUCCAGACUAGAUUUGAGUCCCAAGUAGGCUUCCAGCUCCUACUUCUCCUGGCUCAACCUCUGCCUCCCAGUAAAAUUCCGGUCUAUUCCUCCUACAGGACACCACACUCUGUCCUUCACAAUAUGCUCAGAGUGGAAGUUGUUUUUUUCUUUCCAGAACCAACUUUUUCUCGCAUUCACUCUUUCUACCUCAACCUGUCUCCUAACCUGUCUCCCUACCUAUCUUCCCAACCUCUAUUCCAACCCACUUCAACCAACUCUCUCCUCACUCUCUCUCCUGGAACCACGGCCAGUCAGAGGCUGCCAUUCACUAACCAUUUGCUGGCAGGGAAAGAAAGAAAGAAAAAGAAACACUUUUUGAUCCAACCGGUCCAGCAAAACCAACUUUUUCGUCACAUCUCAUUCUCCACUUGGCAAGCUCCCUUAUGGUAACUGCAAACCUGCAAACUACCACAUCCAAACAAACGUGGGCCAUUUUGUGUACAUUGCUGGGCUGCUUCCAGAUGGGAGAUUACUGUGGAAACUGUUUGCAUGAAACACACAACGUCAUAAUCAGACACUCAGAAGUAAACCUGGUGUGUUCUGGUCAAAGGAACUGGGAUAACUAAGGAGCUGGAGAGUUGCAUACCCUCAAUUUAUAGAAUAAGAUCACUGGUGCAUCUAACCUAGGGUUGUCUGUUCUGCCAGCCCAUCUCAGAAGACAGAGGCAGGUCUUUCCCAGGCCUGUUAAAUGAAAUUUGUAACUGGCUGCUAGGGGCCAGUUAGGACGCGGGUGGCGCUGUGGGUUAAACCACAGGGCCUAGGACUUGCCGAUCAGAAGGUCGGCAGUUCGAAUCCCCGUGAUGGGGAGAGCUCCUGUUGCUCGGUCCCUGCUCCUGCCCACCUAGCAGUUCGAAAGCACGUCAAAGUGCAAGUAGAUAAAUGGGUACCGCUCCGACGGGAAGGUAAACAGCGUUUCCGUGCGCUGCUCUGGUUCGCCAGAAGCGGCUUAGUCAUGCUGGCCACAUGACCCGGAAGCUGUACACCAGCUCCCUCGGCCAAUAAAGCGAGAUGAGCACCACAACCCCAGAGUCGGUCACGACUGGACCUAAUGAUCAGUGGUCCCUUUACCUUUAGGUACUGAAAAUCGGCUCUCAUUAUGCCAGCCAUGUAUUCUGCAAAUGAGCUUAGAAAACACACACUCCAUCAUGAGUUGUGCUGGGAUGAGGUCUGUGCAGUAAGGAGUGGACUGGGCAGUGUGUUGGCCUAGUCAACAUACUGUCUAUGAUUGCCCUAGCUGGGAGGUCCUUGGAUCACGUGCCCCUUCUCAUGGGGCCUUUACUACCGAACCUUGUUUUUUGUUUUGCAGUCCAUGGGAAAUCCGUUCAGUGGAAGCUGGGAGCAGACGGUGACGUAUGGGUGUGGGUGAUGGGUGAGCAUUCCCUGGACAAGCCAUAUGACCAGCUCUGCAGUGACCUUCUUGCUGAAAAAGUGAAGCAGCAGUCGCUUCAAGAAGCAGGGGCAAUAAGGUUGGUAUGGCUUUCCAAACAUUCAGAACAAUACUCAAAAAUCUGGCGCAACCGGUCGGGCCAGCUGGUUUUUCCUGACAGACGAAGGGAUCAGGCACUGACUAGUCCAAACUGGGAACCUCUCCAUUCAGAUGAAAGAUUCUCCAAACCAUGUUCGCCUUUUAAAGACCUGCCUUUGUCAGUUUAUGCUGUGUGAGUGUGAAAUCCAGUUCCAAAUGCACUUUCCUUGACUACCCAAAAUAUUAAUAGUGUUAAAAGGUUUUUUGGGGGGGGGGAGGAGCAAGGAUCCCCUCAACUCCUGGGUGCUAGAUGCGCCCCAUAAUUCCUGGAUUUUGUAAAAGUUAGAAUUAAUGGAGGUUUGAUUAAACUGUGCCAAACUCUGCUGGAUCCAGUUUAUGUUGGCAUAGCUAGUUGAGUGUGGGUCACUUGAGGAACAAAGCUAAUAAUGGUCUCACCAUUAACCCAUCAAGAAAGUCAUUAGGAAGAGGAAGACUAUGUUGGACAAGGAGGAUAGGUCCUGUCCUGUAGCUAUGUAUUAGUAGGUGGUGACAAAAGGGUUUUAAGAAGGGGUCAGCAAACUUUUUCAGCAGGGAGCCGGUCCACUGUCCCUCAGACCUUGUGGGGGGCCUGACUAUAUUUUGAAGGGGGGGAAAUGAACGAAUUCCUAUGCCCUGCAAAUAACCCAGAGGUGCAUGUUAAAUAAAAGGACACAUUCUGCUCGUGUAAAAACACCAGGCAGGCCCCACAAAUAACCCAGAGAUGCAUUUUAAAUAAAAGGACACAUUCUACUCAUGUAAAAACACGCUGAUUCCCAACCGUCCGCGGGCCAGAUUUAGAAGGCGAUUGGGCCAGAUACGGCCCCUGGGCCUUAGUUUGCCUACCCAUGGUUUUAAGAGUGUAGGGUUUCCUUUUGGAUGAUGUAACCGAACAGAAAAAAUGUCAGUUUUGCAAGCUGGAGUGGGGAGCCAGAGCAUGAGGCAAGGGUGUCUGUUUUAUGCAUCAGAGAGGGUCAGACAUGAUGUCUGGGGUCUCUUGAAAUCUGAGGCUGGAAGGAACAGGGCCCUCUUGGGAUAUGGAUGCUCUGCACACACUCCAUCAAGGCAAAGGUGUAUAUGUGUGUGUGUGUGUGUGCACGCGCGCCAAGAAACCAUAUGUCAUAAAGACACCACAGUUUCCGCUGUGCCUCAUUGUCCCCAAAAGGAACACAGACCCUGGCAAGCUUGUCUGGUACCCCUGGUACCUCUGCACCACCUGGAGACUGGUGUGGAGUUUAACAAAAGAAAUAACAUGGAAAUGGUGUAGUUCUGAGUAUGGCUGUCAGUUUCAAGACCUUUAUUUCCACUAGCGAAACCCAGAAUGGCCAUCCUGCAUGUCAUAGGAACAUAGGAACCUGGCAAAUCAGACCAGCUUAAUGCUGUCUGCAUCGACUGGUAACAGCUCACUAGGGUUUCAGGCAGGGAUCACUCCCAACCCUACCUGGAGAUGCCAGGGUUUGAAACAGGGUUUGGAAAAAAAGUCAAGCUUGCAAAAAUCUAUCAUUUGCCCGAUAAUAAAUGCUGGAAAUGUAAAGAAACUGAAGGUAUAUUCUUUCACCUUUGGUGGACGUGCCCAAGGAUUAAGGCUUUCUGGGAAAUGAUAUAUAAUGAACUGAAAAAGGUAUUUAAAUAUACCUUCUUGAAGAAACCAGAGGCCUUUCUUCUGGGCAUUGUCGGCCAAUUGGUGCCAAAGAAGGACAGAACUUUUUUUAUGUAUGCUACAACAGCAGCAAGAAUACUCAUUGCAAAGUAUUGGAAGACACAAGAUCUACGGUACCCACUUUGGAAGAAUGGCAGAUGAAGGUGAUGGACUAUAUGGAAUUGGCGGAAAUGACUGGCAGAAUCCGAGACCAGGGAGAAGAGUCGGUGGAAGAAGAUUGGAAGAAAUUUAAAGACUACUUACAGAAAUAUUGUAAAAUUAAUGAAUGAUAGAAUGAUGUUGGAUAGUAACUAAGUGGUUUCUAGCUGUAAUGCUUUAAGAGAAUAUGAAAAAAGGGUUAUAAAUGGGUUAAAAUCUAAUGGUAAGGAUUUGCUGAACCAAUAAAUUGAAGUGGAAUACAAAAAAGGGAGGUACAAGGAGGUCCGGGAAACAAGCUAAAGGAAAAUAAGUAACUGGAAAUAUGUGUGUUUUUAAUUGUUUUUAUUUUGUAUUUUUUUCUUUUCUUUUUCAUUUUUACUGUAAUAUUUCAAAAAACCUAAUAAAUAUCUUAUAAAAAAUAAUAAUGAAACAGGCACCUUCUGCAUGCAGAGUGAAUGCUUGUCCCCUGAGCUACAGCCUCCCUGCCACUGAUGCUGGCUGGAAGGCAAUAACCUGCCUCUGGUCCUUUUCUGAGAUGCGCUGCUACUUUGUAAGUUGGCGAACACACCCAUCCAAUGGCCCCCAUUUACUAAGGCCAGUUCUGAUUUUCUGGUACUUGACCCUUUAUUUAUUUGUUUUCUGAAGACUUCCUGGCUGGUUUUUUAGAGAGCCCUACACUCAUAAAAGAACGCGGGUGGCGCUCUGGUGUAAACCACUGAGCCUUGGGCUUGACGAUCGGGAGGUCAGCAGUUCGAAUCCCCGCGAUGGGGUGAGCUCCCGUUGCUCGGUCCCAGCUUCUGCCAACCUAGCGGUUCGAAAGCACGUCAAAGUGCAAGUAGAUAAAUAGGCACCACUCUGGCGGGAAGGUAAACGGCUUUUCCGUGCGCUGCUCUGGUUUCGCCAGAAGUGGCUCAGUCAUGCUGGCCACAUGACCCGGAAAAACGAUCUGUGGACAAACGUCGGCUUCCUCAGCCAGUAAAGCAAGAUGAGCACCGCAACUCCAGAGUCGUUCGCGACUGUAAAGUACACUCAUAAAAUAAAACGGCUUACAGGAGCUGUUUAAAACCCUGGUGCACUACUGUGCCUUCAGGGCAAUUUCUUGAAGGCAGGGAGGAAGCCUUUUAAAAAUGUUGCCAACAUGACUUGGUAAGCUGUCCAUCUUCAGGUUACUGCUUUCUCCCUAUGCCUCUAGGGUUUGAAUGUUAGGAAUGCGCAUGAUGGGGGUGUUGAGGGUGGGAGUGCAUGUGUUUCACCUCGUCCACAUGUACCCACUGCAUGCUAAUGUGCGUUCAGUGUGGGUACACAUAGCAUCAUCUCCCUGUCAUCCCUGCCCCACCCAAUUUGUUGAUCUAAAGCUCAUUCAAUUUUUUUGGUUUCAUUUCCCAAAAUCCUCUUUUGGUCCAUUUACAGAAGAAACCUAGCGGAAGGAUUCGCAGAACAUUCUGCCUCGUCACCUCUGCAUUAUCCAUCAGACACCCAGUUUGGAUCAGAAUCGCAAGGAGGCAGCAAAAACCUCGCAAACUGGGAUGUGUACAAAGCGGUGAAAAAAGAACCAGUUCCUGAAAAUGCCAGAAAUCAAGAAUAUGCCCAGGUAAUUUUCUGGUCUUAUGUUACUACUCAAAUGUUAAGAUGAAGGUUCAGCUGAAAUUGAGAGAGAUACACUGUGAAUUGGAUGGUGCCUUCAUGAAAUCAAAGCUUAGGGGGCCAAAGUACACAUGAAUGGAAAUAUAUGUGCUCAGAUCUUCUCAUAUUUUUAGAAGACUUUAAACCUACCAUGGGGAGCAUCAAACUGGAUCAGAGCUAUAACCCUGGGGUAGAGGGGAGGGGUAACCCUUUCUCAGUUUCAGCUAUUCUGCUUCAAACCCUCUCAUUUAAGUCUUUUUAAAAAAAUCACCCCCAAGCCUUGCCUCUCCACACUACGAGGCAAAGACAAAGAGCUUUUGCUGUACAUUGCCAAAUGUAGCAAUUCACUGAUAAUUGUACUGGCUCAAUGGGAAAACUUUAGAAUAUAAAAUCACUCCAGUGAUGGAUUUACAGUGGUACCUCGGGUUACAGACGCUUCAGGUUACAGAUUCCACUAACCCAGAAAUAGCACCUCGCGUUAAGAACUUUGCUUCAGGAUGAGAACAGAAAUCGCGCAACAGCAGCAGUGGGAGGCCCCAUUAGCUAAAGUGGUACCUCAGGUUAAGAACAGUUUCAGGUUAAGAAUGGACCUCCGGAAUAAAUUAAGUUCUUAACCCAAGGUACCACUGUACACCAUUCCUACAUUGUUCUACUCAGAAGGAAAAUGGCUAGCAGGAGAGGAGCUUGGGACAUUGGUAAAAGGUAAAGGGAGCCCUGACCAUUAGGUUCAGUCGUGGACGACUCUGGGGUUGCGGUGCUCAUCUCGCUUUACUGGCCGAGGGAGCCGGCGUACAGCUUCCGGGUCAUGUGGCCAGCAUGGCGAACCAGAGCAGCGCACGGAAACACCAUUUACCUUCCCACCAGAGCAGUACCUAUUUAUCUAUUUGCACUUUGAGGUGCUUUUGAACUGCUAGGUUGGCAGGAGCAGGGACCGAGCAACGGGAGCUCACUCCGUUGCGGGGAUUCAAACCGCCGACCUUCUGAUCGGCAAGUCCUAGGCUCUAUGGUUUAACCCACAUCGCCACCCACGUCCCGGGACAUGGGUAGGGACAUCCAUAAUCCCUGAAGUGUUGCUGGUGUUUAGUGCAAUCCCUGAAGUGAGUGGGUGAUAAUCGCUGGCAGCCUGGUACCUGAGUGCCAGACAGGUCGCCAUUCCAAGAACAAUCCAAACCCAACCUCAGUGGAUUGGGGUCUCAAUCAAGACAAAGGGUGUGUUUAACUUGGCUGGGGAAACAGGAAAAUGUAAAUACUUUCCUUUGUUUCACCUAAAGAUUGGAAUCUGGAGGUCAUGUGAGGGAAAGGGCAAGCCUUUUUUUAUUUUUUUAAAUGAUAUUUAUUAAAAUUUCAAAAGAAAAAGAUUACAUUGAUAAGAAAAAUAACAAUAGAAAAAAGAAAAAUACAAAGUACAAAAAAGAAAAAACAGUUAAAAACAAUUCCAUCUUUUCAUCACUUCUCUUACAUUUACUUGUUUCCCGGACCUCCUCAUACCUCCCUUUUUUGUAUUCCAAUUCAAUUUGUUAGUCCAGCAAUUCCUUUCCCUCCUUUUUCAUCCUGAUCUUUAAUCUUAAUAUAUUAUAACAUCAAGUUUUUACGUAUUGAAAACCAAUUUUCCAUAUUCUUUUAUACCAUUACAGCUAGAAACCACUUAACUUCAAUCCGACAUCAUUCUAACAUUCAUUAAUUUUACAAUAUUUCUGUAAGUAGUCUUUAAAUUUCUUCCAAUCUUCUUCCACCGACUCUUCUCCCUGGGAAAGGGCAAGCCUGGCUGGUGCUCAGCUAUCUGUCAGAAGACCCCUUCGCAGUUUAUAACAUAGUUAUGACAAUUUCCACCCUCCCUUCCCCACAGGUGGGCGGGGUUUGCGGCACCGAGUGGGGGCUCACCUGGGCAGGUGCCUCCCACCUGUUUGGGCCGGCCUUUGACCCGCCCUCGGCCAGGGAGGACAAUGGCCGGCUGGCUGGGGGUGGGGCAAAGGGCAAUGAAAAGAGGCUGACCCCUUUGUCCAAGCCUCUUUUGGUUUCCAUGGCCAAGGGCAGGUCAAAGGCCUGGGAAGCACCUGCCCAGGUGAGCCCCCGUUUGGUGCCGCAAACCCCGCCCACCUGUGGGGAAGGGAGAGCGGAAAUUGGGGAAAUUGUAAGAAAGGGGGGCAUCUUUUGUUCGGGGCUUCUCUCGUGCUUCUUCCAUGUGGUAGUUGGAAGUCUUGUUGCAACAAUAAAGAUCAGGCCUACUGGACGCUGUCUUGCUUCAAUCUCCUGGCUGAAGUCUCUUGCUUGUGAUCCCUGACCUGUGUUGUAAAUAAAAAUUGCCCUUUUCCCUUAUGGGGUAGCCAAGAGCCCAUAUAGAGUCCUUACAUAGGUUCCCUAUUGGUAGGAGAAAAUAACAGAGGCCAACCAGAGAAUAUUGAGAAGCAAAGCAGCUAGUAAGCCUGAUCUUUAUUGAUCUGUUGCAACAGGGUGCUCCCCUCACCCACAGGAGAGAGGAGGAACCCAGAAAAAUGGUGCGCAAGGCCUUAUAAAGACUUUUGAAAUUGCCACCCUGUAGAUCAAGACCACCCCCAGAAACAUCAUACCUACAUCACAGAAGGGGUGUAACCUAAGACCACCCCUCAGAUACAUCAUACCUACAUCACAAAAAAGGCGGUCUAAACAGAAAUUUAAAUGUUGUUUUUUCUACUGUCGUCGUUUAUCUCCUGUCUAGCAGGUUACUUCAUUGGAUUUCCUGGGGAUCCUGGCCAGUCUUUUGUAAUGAUAAAUACUUAGUUCCUGGGCCAGGUCACAGGCUCACAUCCUAUUCAUAUCUUAAAUGUGCCCUUAAGACAGGAUUUGUGAGGAAAGAGGCAAUGGGGAGGUUUCCCACUUUGACCUUGCAGAGAAAACAUUUGCUCAGUAUAGGAAUCAAAAUGGUUCCAGGUUGGCCUUCCUGUGCUGAUCUAUGUACGUGCUUGGUUGGUACGCUCAUGAACGUUACCAUAUAUCGAAGACUUCAAAAUUCCUAUUCCCAAGGACUCCCAGUACGAACGCAACUUUGAAUGAAGUUGGAUUCACUGUAAUAUUUCUUGCUUGAGAGCAAGCAAUUUACUCCCUGCCGAGUUUUCUCUUAAAAGUUUUGAGAGCUGAACGAGUCUGUCUCUGUGUUAAUAUGUAAUGGGAAGGAAUGUUUGUUAAGUAGGUUGGUCACCAGGCAGGAGGGUGGGAGCUCUCCUUACUGCCUUGACAGAGGUGCUUAAAUCAGAAUUUGGAGGUCAAAUUUGGUAACUAGUCACUGGCCCUUCUUCUGCACCUUAGGUUAAAAAAAGCAGUUGGCUUCCUUAAACACACUUCUAAAUCUUCACUUGCACAAUUACCGUAUUUUUUGCACUAUAACACUCACUUUUUUCCUCCUAGAAAGUAAGGGGAAAUGUCUGUGCGUGUUAUGCAGCGAAUGCCUACGGAUGGCGGCGGGAUCUGCUGCAGUCGUGAGCAGAGGAUCCAUGGUUCCCCUUCCUUCCCUCCUCCAUGGCUCACUUUGAAACAGCAAAGCAGGAGAAGAGCUGCUGAGUGGGGAGGAGAGAGGGACAGAGAGCCUGCUUGCUUUAAAGGAGCAAAGUGGGAGAGGAGAGGAGCCUUCUCCUCUUAUACCCCUCUUCUGCAUUAUUAAUAGCAUCCUUCUCCACCCACCCCAUGCGGGUUCCUUGCCCCUUGAGUGCUUUUCCCUCCCUCCCCACUUAAAACGUGGUUACAAAGCACGGAUCCACAUGGAUCCUCAGGAUUUUUGCAUUGGGCUACCCGAAACUCACCGUCAGAUCACAUGUCUGGUGCCACAGCAUGAACCACAAAAAUCAUACAUCCACUGUUUCGUGUAGAAUAUUUUUUUCCUUGUUUUCCUCCUCUAAAAACUAUGUGCGUGUUAUGGUCAGGUGCGUGUUAUAGAGCGAAAAAUACGGUAGCUGUGGGAAAUGGGACUCGCUCACCACAUUAGUACUUUGGUCUACAACUUAGCAGUGACUAUGGAGCUGCUAUGUUUUUAGCAACAUUAAAUAUUCCUAGAUGCAGGAGAGCAUUUUUCUAUGACAAAGUUCUGUACUUUGCCAUCUUUGUGGAAGGGUGAUUUUGUAGGGUAACCAGUCUCGUAUCACCAACGUGCUUAAGUCCAAGGAAUGCAUGAAGGGGUUAAUGCCAUAGAGUAAGCUGUCCUGCCAGGCUUACCUAUGUCACUUCCCCUUUCCUUGGAAGGAAAUGGGUAAUCAAGCCUUUGAUCACCCCUAGUCUACAGAAAUGUGAGACGCCCCAUCAGUCUUGGCAUUCUGCCUGCUCUUGUUUAGGGAAGAAUUCCCCUGAAUUUGAACUUCCUUGUCCUAGUUGAACCGUUUUAAUGGUUAUACCUUUUAACUGGGGUGGGUUCUUUUGGUAUAUUUUCAUUAUGUGUGGCUUUUAAGAUUGAUUUUAUACUUGUAAACUGCUUGAAAGCCAUUUUGGCACAUUAAUUCAUAAUACAGUGGUACCUCGGGUUACAGACGCUUCAGGUUAUGCAUUUUCGGGUUGCGCACCAUGCCGAACCUGGAAGUACCGGAACAGGUUACUUCCGGGUUUUGGUGCUCGCGCAUGCGCAGACACACUGAAUCGUGCUUUGCGCAUGCGCAGAAGUGCCAAAUUGCGACCUGCAUGUAUGCAGACGUGGCGCUGCAGGUUGCGAACGUUGCGGGUUGUGAACGUGCCUCCCGCGUGGAUCAUGUCUGCAACCCGAGGUUCCACUGUAACUUGGGUGAAGUAUGCUAGACUGAGCAAUAGCGACUGUCUGAAAAUCUCCCUGUGAGCUUCACAAGCGAGUGAGGAUUUGAACCCAGAUCUCCCUCUUUUUACACUCUCUCCAUUCUGUUACACCGCUGUGAAGCAAAAUAUGUAUCUCCUCUGUGGGCCUGAAAAUUCAAGAAUUCUGAUCUUGACUGUGGGUGAUUCUUCAUCCUGUAUGUUUUGGAACACAAUUAGAUUCGAGGUUUGGAGUCAGGGUGUGAAAAGCUUACAAUCCUGUUUUUCUGUUUGGCUGGAUUUUAGGCUCCCACCAGUAAGCCAAGAGGUAUAGAACAGAUGCUGGCAGACUCUAUCAAUCAUUCAAGGAAGUACGGCUUGCGGCAGGUAAGGAAACAGUGUGGGUUUAUGGAAGCAACUGCAUUUUGCCUGUAUUCACCGUCGUCUCCUGGUCUCAGAAUCAUAGAAUUGUAGAGUUGGAAGGGACCCUGAGGGUCAUCUAGUCCAACCCCCUGCAAUGCAGGCAUCGCCUAGAGAUACAAGCCAUGCUUCUGAAUGCAAAUCAAAUCAUGAGACAAGUGUGAUCUUAAAUACCCCCCACCCCAAGGCCCUUAAACUGGGAUGCGGCACAUUUAGCAAACCAGACAACUAGCCUGCUACACGAUGUAGGUAAAUCGUGUCAAUGCUCAGUGCUCAGCCAUUGCAGGACUUUGGGGCGUGGCCACUUCUCAGAGAUUUCCACUUUCGUUUAAAGAAGAAGCAGAAACCCUGGAACAGACUAGCUUCUCACACUUAGUAGACCAUGGGUAGGCAAACAAAGGCCCGGGGGCCGGAUCCGGCCCAUUCGCCUUCUAAAUCUGGCCCACGUACGGUCCGGGAAUCAGCGUGUUUUUACAUGAGUAAAAUGGGUUAUUUGUGGGUCAUAGUAGUAGUAGUAGUAAUAAUAAUAAUAAUAAUAAUAAUAAUCUAUUAUUUGUACCCCGCCCAUCUGGCUGGGUUUCCCCAGCCACUCUGGGCAGCUUCCAACAAAGAUUAAAAAUACAUUAAAAUGUCACACAUUAAAAACUUCCCUGAACAGGGCUGCCUCCAGAUGUCUUCUAAAUUAUCAGGUAGUUGUUUAUCUCUGACAUCUGAUGGGAGGGCAUUCCACAGGGCGGGCGCCACUACCAAGAAGGCCCUCUGCCUAGUUCCCUGUAGCUUUGCUUCUCGCAUUGAGGGAAGCGCCAGAAGGCCCUCUUCGCUGGAUCUCAGUGUCCGGGCAGAACGAUGGGGGUGGAGACGCUCCUUCAGGUAUACUGGACCGAGGCCGUUUAGGGCUUUAAAGGUCACCACCAACACUGAAUUGUGCUCGGAAAUGUACUGGGAGCCAAUGUAGGUCUUUCAAGACCGGUGUUAUGUGGUCUCAGCGGCAUAGGAAUUCAUUCAUUCCCCCCCCAAAAAAUAUAGUCCAGCCCCGCACAACGUCUGAGGGACAGUGGACCGGGCCCCUUCUGAAAAAGUUUGCUGACCUCUGCAGUAGACCGUAGCAACUAAUAGACAUGGAAUGGGGACAGGCACUUCCCAACAUCCUCAGCAGUUGGUGCCAAGCUAUACCUUUUGCAAAAUCACCGUUAAAAGUGGCGUAUGAAAGGCAUAAUUCCCCCUGGUGUGUUCAUUCCAUUAUCCAGUUUAUUAAAGUAGUUUUGUAGUAUGCCCAAUAACCUACAAAAUCUGUUUUGACCAGACAGUGUGUGCGCGCGUGUGCAUGUUUAUAUGUGCACCCUGAGAGCAAACCUGCCACUUCAUGAAUAGUUUUUAAGAAAUCUUAUAAUGUCAUCUGUCACCAAAUCCUUUGUAUAUGCAGUGGUUUCAUUUGUUUGCAGAAUAGAAUCCUAGAAUCCUAGAAUUGCAGAGUUGGAAGGGCUUCCAAUCCCCUGCAGUGCAGCUGAUGAAUAGAUAUUAUAUAUUUAUCUUCCCCGACAGGGACUCGAGGCAGGUGACAGACAAAAAUAAGAACAGCUAAAAAGAUUAAGAGAAAAAACACAAUCCUAAAAAAAGAAUUAAACAUGGAUAGAAUUAAAACUCGUGUGUGUUUGUAACAGACAGACAAACACAACCAAAAGAGCACAUCACCAGCCCCAUCAUUAAAAGCAUUCAGUUCCCAAGAGUCUAUUGGAACAGGAAAGUCUUCAGCUUCCAGAGGAAGGAAGGACAGCAAGGAGGGAGCCAGUCUAGCUUCUCUCGGGAGAUUCCAAAGUUUGGGAGCAGCCACCAAGAAGGCCCUAUCCCAUGUUCCCGCCAAGCAUGCCUGGAUAAACCUGUCCGUCUAAAACUGAAAAUUAUCCCUUAUUUCAGGGAUAGCCAACAUGUUGUUGGCCAGAGGUUAUUAGAGGAACUCCAACAGUCCCUGCUUGCAUGGUCAGUGGGGCAGGGAUGCUGGUCGUUCGCAACCAAAGCAUGUUGGAGGGGCCAUGUUGACAGGCCCUGUUUUAUUUGCCAGACGCCUGCCAUUAAAAGUGCAGCUCAAGGGGAAAGAUAUUCCAGCAUCCUGUUGCAUUUCUGAAUCAUAGAGUUGGGCAAAGGCUCGUUUACAUGGUUGCUCAACUGUGUCCCUUGGCCCUAAAGAUUAGUCAGGCGACAAAUUUUGAUCGGUGACUAAAGCUUUUGUCGACUCAUCUGCCAAUCACCUUAUUAGAAGAAGUUUAUGACCCUUAUCAGAGGGAUUGCUGAACUGCCCAUUACCUGUAAAUAUGAUUGCCAUGCAGGAAGUAGAUAGGUUCACACUAAACAAAAUACUUUGUGUGUGUGUGUGACAGAGGAAAGAAGAGGAAAUGAAUACAAUCGUGAAUGAGAGCAUAACACAAGAAGUGACCCUAAAUCGCACCUACGAGUCAAUGGAGAAGUUGGACAAGGAAGAUCCUGUUUGGUUGGAAACUCGUAAGCCCCUAUUAGAUCUCUUAUGUGAUGAUGCCUAUGAGAUUAAACUUAGGACCCACUUGCAUGAUCCAUUCAAAGCAGUAUCAUUCCACUUUGCACACGCCUGGCUUUCCCUAAAGAAUCCUAGGAUCUGUCAUUUGCUAAGAGCUACCCAGCAGUUCGAAAGCACGUCAAAGUGCAAGUAGAUAAAUAGGUACCACUUUGGCGGGAAGGUAAACGGCCUUUCCGUGCGCUGCUUUGGUUCGCCAGAAGCGGCUUAGUCACGCUGGCCACAUGACCCGGAAGCUGUACGCCGGCUCCCUCGGCCAAUAAAGUGAGAUGAGCGCCGCAACCCCAGAGUCGUCCACGACCGGACCUCAUGGUCAGGGGUCCCUUUACUUUUACAAUUCUCAGUGUGGCUGAACAGCCAGCCCCUCUUUCCAGGAGCUUUAAGCAGGUAAUGUGUACACAGCCUAAGGCUCCUGUUUGUUCUUUUUGCUUAUUUGCAAACUAGCAGCGCAGAGAUCAGAAACGGAGACAUAAAAAUAUGAGCAAGCCAGCUCCUUUGCUGAAUAACUUGUACAGUGGUACCUCGGGUUAAGUACUUAAUUCGUUCAGGAGGUCCGUUCUUAACCUGAAACUGUUCUUUACCUGAAGCACCACUUUAGCUAAUGGGGCCUCCUGCUGCUGCCGCACCGCCAGAGCAUGAUUUCUGUUCGCAUCCUGAAGCAAAGUUCUUAACCUGAAGCACUAUUUCUGGGUUAGCGGAGUCUGUAACCUGAAGCGUAUGUAACCUGAAGCGUAUGUAACCCAAGGUUCCACUGUACAGUGGACGUUAGGGUUGCGAACGUGAUCUGUGCAGAAGGCAAAUUCGCAACCCGCAGAGUUCACAACCCGCAUUGCCGCGUCUGUGCACGUGCAGGCCGCAAUUUGGCGCUUCCGUGCAUGUACAAAGCGCGAUUUAGCACUUCUGGGCAUGCACAAGCGUUGAAACCCGGAAGUAACCCGAGGGAUGACUGCACUAAAAUAUUCCACUCCUGUCACCAACCUAUAUAUUACAAAAGGAACAGAAGCCUAUCCUGAAUUUAAUCUGCCGAGAAGCUGCUGGUGUUUGUCAGCCUCAGGCUUGCCCUGCUUUAGUUCAGCGGCUUGCUUUCCGUUGCAGCUGUUCUCUCUGGCUCCACCUCUUCCACCACACACACUGCUGCCACACGCUGUUGUUUUUUCCUGUAUGCGUUUCCUGAAUCCUGGGGAAAUUCCAUUGCGAGGUUACCUUGGUCUGACUGGAGACGGGGAGAGGGACUUGAAGGUCUCAGAGAACCUGCAUCUGUUGCACCUUCGUGCUUACCAGUCGGAAAUAAAAGCACAAUAUUCGAAAUAUUUUAAAAAACACAGAGUAACAGACCUGCAACAACAACAGCCGUUGCAAAUUCUUUUGUCCCAAUGUUACCUCUGGUUAAACAGAGGUCUUGAAACAACUACAAAAACCUGCCAAACCAGAGUUAAAAGUCAGUGCUUGCACCAUCCUGUUUUUUCAAAACACCUUUGACUCUUCCAGGCAGGCAAAGGUCUUUCUCUGGCUUUUCCUUCCUCCUUGAACAAUUUUGUCAACUUCUUCUGCAUUGCCCAGGAGGCGGCGCUGAGAGGUGAGCCCCAUCAUUGCAGGCAGCAAUGCAGACAGACGAGGAAUGAAGAGACUAGAUUUAGGAUAUCGGAACGUGAAAAAGGCCGCAGCUUUAUUGACUGGCACGAGGACCUAGCAAUUUAAUCACAUUAAAAUCCUGUUUGAAUAGCGUUUCAGCUUAUUGCUGCCAGACUGGAAUUGGCUCGAUACUGGAGAGAUUCGAGUCGAUUAACAGGGGAGAGCUGGUUACAGCAGGCUCUGGAGAAUCGCUAUAGCUGGAAAAAUUAAUGCAUAACUAAAAGGUGGCCUGGUGGAGGGUUGUGUGCUAGAUUCCUUCUCUGAAUAGUUGAGCCUUAUUCAAUAAACUAGGAAACAUGGAUUGGUCUUGACACCUACUGCCAUCAUUUCAUAGGCUCUGGGGGAGAGAGAGCGAUGGAUGUGCAGAGCUCUGCAUUGGCAGGAGCAGUUAGAGAUACGAGUUGGUGAUCAAGAGGGAAACUCUGUUUUGUGCUGGACUGGGCAUUCAAAUUCUGUGAUGUUUUCUCUCUGGGCGUGUAAUAAUUUCACUGAAUUGUCGGAGGAAGUGAGUGUAGACUGGAAUUCAUCCCUGGACAUAGUUUAUUUCCCUUUCUUCUCUUUUCUUCAUUGUUAUACAGUGGUACCUCGGGUUACGAACUUACUGUAUUUUUCGCUCUAUAAGACGCACUUUCCCCCUCCUAAAAAGUAGGGGGAAAUGUGUGUGCGUCUUAUGGAGCGGAUGCAGGCGGGAGGCUCUGCUCAGUGCUCCCUUUAAAGAGGGGGCUCUUGGGGGCUUUUUCCCAAGGAGGGAGAAAGGCUUAUGUCCUGGCUUAUGGGAAAGUCGCGCGCAGCCUCUCCCGGACAGGGGAUGAAGGCUCCCCUUGCCCGGGAGAGGCUGCACGCAGCUAUCCCAUAAGCCAGGACAGCAAGUGGGAUUGCUGAGCAGCGAUCCCGCUUGCUGUCCUGGCUUCUGGGAUUCAGAUUUUUUUUCUCUUGUUUUCCUCUUCCAAAAACUAGGUGCGUCUUUUGGUCUGAUGCAUCUUAUAGAGUGAAAAAUAUGGUUAUUAGUUCUGGAGGUCCGUUCCUAACCUGAAACUGUUCUUAACCUGAAGCACCACUUUAGCUAAUGGGGCCCCCUGCUGCCGCCGCACAAUUUCUGUUCUCAUCCUGAAGCAAAGUUCUUAACCUGAGGAACUAUUUCUGGGUUAGCAGCGUCUGUAACCUGAAGCGUCUGUAACCCAAGGUACCACUGUAUAUGCUGGAUAUGUAUAUAUAUGGGGUGUUAGUAGCUCUGCUUGGGGACCUAAUGGUCAGGGGUCCCUUUACCUUUGCCUUAUAAUAUCUCCAGUGAUUCGAUCCAGUUGCAGAUUGGCACAUUUUUUUGCCUGUGCUGCUGCCGCCUCUCUUUCCUGCAGGUUUGCGCAAAGGCUUCCUUCUCUUGGCACAGGCAGCCCUGGUGUGAGGAGGGGACACGAAGGGGAGAAAGUAUUUCCUAAAUGUGCUGUAAAUGUUUGAUGUGCAAACAGCCUGAUUAUGCCCCAGAAUGUAUGUGUGCAUAUGUAAGCCUCCCACUUCCCCAAGAAAAGGGGGACCCCAAAGGCUGUACAACUUCGUGUUGUUUAGUGUACAUUCUCCCUUGUGUGUGAAUCUGAGGCUCAGAGUCUUGGCACCAAGAAACGCCCAUAUUAAAAAGCCGUGAGCAAACAGCUGUGCAAACAGAGGCGAAGCCAACUUUCCUUUCUGAAGCUGAAGGAGACUCAGAAGCACACCUCAGUGGGCUCAAACACAGCAACAAACUGACUGUUGAGUUGCGCUCCAACCUGCUCCUCAAAAUGAUGCCAAAUCUCUCUUUCUCUCUCUCUCGUAGUAAAUUUUCUGUUUUACAAUUUAAAGUACUCGUUUUACACCCUUAAGAUAUCAAUGACUCCCCUCCUUCUCUUUCCAUGGUUCAUUUUACAUAUCAUAAAUCCCCGCAUAUUUUACAAAAACUAUACCAAUCAGUAUUCCAUUACUGCAUCCAUCAAAACUUAUUUACACUGUUGAAUUUAUCUUAACGCUGCCAGCGUUUUCACCUGUACACAAUUAUUUCCCAUAUAUUCAAUAAACAUUUCCCAGUCAUCUUUAAAUGUGUGUUCUUCUUGCUCUCUUAUUCUAUAUGUUAAAUCUGCAAAUUGUGCAUAUUCUGUCAGCUUAAGCUGCCAUUCUUCUUUCGCUGGGACCUCGCUUGUUUUCCAUUUUGGGGCUAACAAAAUGUGGGCCGCAGUUGUGUUGUUGUUGUUGUUUAGUCGUUUAGUCAUGUCUGACUCUUCGUGACCCCAUGGACCAGAGCACGCCAGGCACUCCUGUCUUCCACUGCCUCCCGCAGUUUGGUCAAACUCAUGCUGGUAGCUUUGAGAACACUAUCCAACCAUCUCGUUCUCUGUCGUCCCCUUCUCCUUGUGCCCUCCAUCUUUCCCAACAUCAGGGUCUUUUCCAGGGAGUCUUCUCUUCUCAUGAGGUGGCCAAAGUAUUGGAGCCUCAGCUUCAGGAUCUGUCCCUUCCAGUGAGCAAUCAGGGCUGAUUUCCUUCAGAAUGGAGAGGUUUGAUCUUCUUGCAGUCCAUGGGACUCUCAAGAGUCUCCUCCAGCACCAUAAUUCAAAAGCAUCAGUUCUUCGGCGAUCAGCCUUCUUUAUGGUCCAGCUCUCACUUUCAUACAUCACUACUGGGAAAACCAUAGCUUUAACUAUAUGGACCUUUGUUGGCAAGGUGAUGUCUCUGCUUUUUAAGAUGCUGUCUAGGUUUGUCAUUGCUCUUCUCCCAAGAAGCAGGCGUCUUUUAAUUUGGUGACUGCUGUCACCAUCUGCAGUGAUCAUGGAGCCCAAGAAAGUAAAAUCUCUCACUGCCUCCAUUUCUUCCCCUUCUAUUUGCCAGAUACGGUAACCUUUUCUGACACCUGGGAAUUUCAGUCUGAAUUAUCCCCAACAGAAAGGAUUUUUUAGGAAAGUACUUUUAAACAUCCCCCCCCCAAUUCAUUAUACAGUGGUGCCCCGCAAGACGAAUGCCUCACAAGACGAAAAACUCGCUAGACGAAAGGGUUUUUCGUUUUUUGAGCUGCUUCGCAAGACGAUUUUCCCUAUGGGCUUGCUUCGCAAGACGGAAACGUCUUGCAAGUUUGUUUCCUUUUUCUUAACAGCAUUAAUACAGUUGCGACUUGACUUCGAGGAGCAACUCAUAGAACACGGUGUGGUAGCCUUUUUUGAGGUUUUUAAAGACUGGUGAUUUUUGAAGCUUUUCCAAAACUUUCCCGACACCGUGCUUCGCAAGACGAAAAAAAUCGCAAGACAACAAAACUCGCGGAACGAAUUAAUUUCGUCUUGCGAGGCACCACUGUAGAUCUUUCCCUAUUACUCUUUUACAUGUCCACCACAUUUGAAAGAACAUUGCCUCCACCUCUUUUAAUCUCCAGCACUUAUCUGAUUCUGUCCUGUACAUCUUAGCAAGUCUACUACUUUUCAGGUAGUUCUCCUUCAAAGAAUAACAUGCUGUAGAUUUCAAGUCGCUUUUCUGGAAUUUUUCCCAGAGGUCAAAAUCUAUAUUUUGUCCUAUAUCUAGUGCCCAGUAUGUCACUGAGGCUUUAACAAGCUCAUCUUUUGUUUCCCAUUCUAAUAACUAUACAUUUUAGACAAAAGUUUCUCUUUGUUUUGUAGAAGUUCUUUUUCCAGUUGUGAGCUUUGGUCCGAAAAACCAUUAUUUCUAGCUUAAUUUAAACAUUUCAUGUAACUGGUGGUAUUGUAACCAAUCCGUAACAUGGCUCCUUAUAAAUGGUACCAAAAAAUCUAAGCUCAAGACCUGCACCCUCCUUCACCACCAGGGACCCACUGGUUUUGCUGAGACUGAAGAGUUUGAUGUGCACGCUUAAAUAGCCUUGUAGUGGGAUGGGAGAGCAGAAAACAAUAUAUUUAAUCCAAAAGCAGAUUCUCACACAUUCCAUUUCAAGCCCGUUUGUGUGCCUGCAGUCGAGAAGUACACUAUCUUAGAUUGCCCUUUACACAGUAGAUCUUGCCAACUGAUGCUGAGCAAAAUGUUGGAACUCCGCCCCACAACUCUGAGAAGAAGCCAAAGAUUGGGACAAAGAUAUUACUGCUUUAGUAGCUUCCUUUUUAGCCACAAUCUUACCCAAAAGGCUUCCCAACGAACUAUCCUUUCGGGAAAUAGCACAGGCAUAGGCAAACUCGGCCCUCCAGAUGUUUUGAGACUACAAUUCCCAUCAUCUCUGACCAAUGUUCCUGUUAGCUAGGGAUGAUGGGAGUUGUAGUCCCAAAAAAUCUGGAGGGCUGAGUUUGUCUAUGCCUGGAUAUCCAAAUGCACACAACCAUUGUGUGACCUUAUAACCCUUGAUAGCUUCACACUUGUCUUUUUAAUUAUCCCAGUUACUUGAAAUGUUUUAUACUGUGAUGCCAAUAAAGACAUUUGGUUGGUUGGUUGGUUGGUUGGUUGGUUGGUUGGUUGGUUGAAUAUAUUUCACAUCUGGCAACCAAUAUGCCCCUUUGGUUUCAGAUAGUACAUGGGUAAACAAGUCUAGAAAACCUCGGACGCAAAUUUUCACGGCCUUCUAACAGCCUUAUAUGGUGGUUCAUUUACCAGAAGUAAUGUAUUCAGCAUUAACUUGGUGUGUGUAUACUUGAUUCUGACUAAAAUAAGCCUCCAUGGGUUUAAUUCAUUCCUUGGCAUCUCCAACCAAAAGGAUAGCAGAUAGCAGAGCUGGGAAAGACCUCUGGGGAACUACCACGAAACCACAGCAGUCAGCACCAAAGCAGCAAUACAGUGGUACCUCAGGUUACAGACGCUUCAGGUUACAGACUCCGCUAACCCAGAAAUAGUACCUCGAGUUAAGAACUUUGCUUCAGGUUGAGAACAGAAAUCGUGCGGUGGCAGCAGCAGCAGCGGGAGGUCCCAUUAGCUAAAGUGGUACCUCAGCUUAAGAACAGUUUCAGGUAAAGAACCAGAACAAAUUAAGUUCUUAACCCGAGGUACCACUGUACAGCAUUGACUGGGUUCAGUACAAAUCCCCAUUCUCGUUGCCAAAUCAUGUUCCACCUGUUAUUUUGCUCUGCCUGGCUUUCUUCCCCCCUUUGUGCACAUUGAGAUUUCAGAAGUACCAGAAAUGCCUCUGGACCAUAGCUGUCAACUUUCAGAUUUGAAAAUAAGGGAUCAGCAGCCUCACCUGUCCCGGGGACAGUCUACGGGAUAUCUAACAAUCUGGGAUAGUAGCGGGAAGCAGAGGCAUCACCUUGCCAACAAAGGUCCAUAUAGUAAAAGCUAUGGAUUUCCCAGUAGUGAUGUAUGGAAGUGAGAGCUGGACCAUAAAGAAGGCUGAUCGCUGAAGAAUUGGCGCUUUUGAAUUAUGGUGCUGGAGGAGACUCUUGAGAGUCCCAUGGACUGCAAGAAGAUCAAACCUCUCCAUUCUGAAGGAAAUCAGCCCUGAGUGCUCACUGGAAGGGACAGACCAUGAAGUUGAGGCUCCAAUACUUUGGCCACCUCAUGAGAAGAGAAGACUCCCUGGAAAAGACCCUGAUGUUGGGAAAGAUUGAGGGCACAAGGAGAAGGGGACGACAGAGGACGAGAUGGUUGGACAGUGUUCUCGAAGCUACCAGCAUGAGUUUGACCAAACUGCGGGAGGCAGUAGAAGACAGGAGUGCCUGGCAUACUCUGGUCCAUGGGGUCACGAAGAGUCGGACACGACUAAACGACUAAACAACAACAACAAGCAGGAAGCAGCAGGAAACGGCACUGAAAUAAGGGAAUUUCCCGCCAAAAAAAGGGAAGGUUGACAGCUAUGCUCUGGACCCAGCAGCGGAGGAAGCGGCUUGAGCGCCUGGGGCGGGGCGAGCUGCCCAUAGGGCCAGGGCGCACUGCGGGGCCUCCGGAGUCUGCCUGCCUCCUCCCACUCAGCCGCCCUACAGCUGGGGGGGAGGCAGCGGGCGGACCAUUUGGGCAGUGUGGAGCCUGCGUGCACCCAAUACACCAUGUCUCUCCCAGGGGAGACACGUGGCUCAGGCGUUUUGCAGACCCUGCGGUGAGUGCCACCCGGCAUUUUGUCACCCCCCUUAGUGGUGACACCCGGGACGGUCCGCACCCACCUUCCUCUGCCCCUGUCUGGACCUCCAACGAAGAGCAGAUAACAACCUUCUUUUUCCUGUUUCAGUGGAGCGGGCAAAAGCAGCCGAUGAAAGGCGGCGCUCCCUCGCCAGACAGGCCCGGGAUGACUACAAGAGGCUGUCGUUGCAAGGCACCCGCAAAGGAAAAGUGGCGGGGGUCUCCACGGUUUUUAAGACGGGGGAGCAGAAACGGCCGCUUCCUCCUCCUCCUCUGCCACCAAAACCUAAGCAUCUCAGUGCCGGAAUGACCAACGGCAAACCAGACAGGUUAGUAACCCGGAAGGCUUUGACUAAGUCGGUAGGGUGAGGAGGUGAGGAGGGGAAGGCCAAGGGAGAACUCAGAAAGGAAACCUGAAUUGUUCUUCCUCCUGUUGAGUCCUUUCCUCCUGACCACACUCUGCAUAUAUCUAUAUGGAUACUGAAGCUGUUGAAAUUGUGCAAUUGGCUUUAAAAUGCAAUUCUGGUACAUGAAAGGUAAAGGGACCCCUGACCAUUAGGUCCAGUCAUGGCCGACUCUGGGGUUGCGGCACUCAUCUCGCUUUAUUGGCCGAGGGAGCUGGCGUACAGCUUCCGGGUCAUGUGGCCAGCAUGACUAAGCCGCUUCUGGCGAACCAGAACAGCGCACGGAAAUGCUGUUUACCUUCCUGCCGGAGUGGUACCUAUUUAUCUACUUGCACUUUGAUGUGCUUUCGAACUGCUAGGUUGGCAGGAACAGGGACCGAGCAACUGGAGCUCACCCCGUUGCGGGGAUUCAAACCGCCGACCUUCUGAUCAGCAAGUCCUAGGCUCUGUGGUUUAACCCACAGCACCACCAGCGUCCUGAGACAUAGUUCAGCUAUAUCGGGCUUGAACACACCUGAAUGUGACUAACUGAGGUGACUGACGCCUCUAGCCAUCCAGCAGGAGUGUUUCUGUGCAAAAAAGGCCAAUGGGAGUUAUUUUGACGCGAUCUGGCACGCUUCCUAGAGUUAUACAAAAAGCCACAGUAGGUCAUAUGAAGGAAGAAACAGCUAUGUUGGCAGAGGGCUGGUGAUGAAUAGUCAGGCUGGGUUUUUCCUGGAGCACGUCUAAAGCACACAGUGUUUACGUGUCAAUGACACACAAUCAAAUGCCCAUGAGACCUAACUGAAUCCAAUAUAUAUAUAAGGAAAAUCAAAGCCAAUAAAAAACCUUAAAAGGGAAUGAGAAUGUUUCUUACCUGAAGUAAAUUGGGGGAUGUGUUGAACAGUCUUUACUAACCUGCUGCCCUCCAAAUGUUUUGGGGUACAGCUCCUGUCAAUCCCAGCCAGAAUGAGCACUUACUAAUCUUUGGCCUUACUAGUGGUGGCCCCAUGCCUGCUGCCAACUCCUGCGGCUCCUUGGAAAUGCUGCCCUGACCCUCCUAGGCCUCAUGGAAGGGAGCAAGGAGAAGGGUCAACUCCCUUUGCUUGCCUCAUCUUCUUAUUGCUUGGCUGGACAAAUAGAUAGGUCCCAAAUUAAAGAAAGGAAGCAAGGGGUCAUUGCUGGUGGUGAGAAGUCAGAAGAGAGUUUGGUUCAGCCCUUGUGACAAGACUCCUAGAAGGGCAUCUGGCCCAAGUAUCCUCCGAAACAUCUAUAACGGGCACACUUUAUUCUAAAUCGUGAUUUGCAUUUUUGUAAAGGAGCUUAUCUUUGCAAUGGGACUGAACUUAAAUCCAGUGCAAAGAUCGUAAUCUGCUCCCCACUUCUUUCUCUCUUCUUAUUGCGACAACAGGAAGCAGGCAGUACAAAGGACCAUCUCCACUUCUACUCAGGAGGCCAUCAUUCGGUGGUUCAAGGAAGAGCAGCAGCAGCUCCGAGCUGGUUUUGAGAAAUCCACGGGCCAGGUAGCACCUUGGUUCCAUGGUGAGUACUUGGUCUUCCUGCCUUUCAUAGGGCAAGGGAGCCCAAGCUAAGGACCACUGUGUCAGGAAUGAGCCAGCUCCGAGCAAAAUUUACAGCCGACUGCAGUAAGCAGCCAGGAACAGAGAGGCUCAGAUGUUAGUCAGGCAGGGGAGAGCUGACAGCUGCAGCCUUCAGCUCUGCCUGACCUUGAGCAGACUGAUAAGACAGUAGCGGAGAGCAGGCUAGAACACAGUCAAAGCUCACAGGAAGCACAAGCAGGAGCGAAUAGAUCCAGAGACAGCCUCUCAGAACAAGAAGGGGGUGGGGCUGAGCCCCUAAGUCCGAGGAGUCAGCAAAUGGGAGGGCUGCUAGAUUGGAAACAAAACAAGAGACGUAAGAGUCAUAAGUUCAAUGUCUUCUGUCGCAGCUGGAAUGAGUCUUCAGAAGGGUCAUCUUGAGUAAUGAUGCCAGAGGCUUUGUCAGAGCUGUCCGGAGCUAUCUGUUUGUUUUUGCAAUAAAUCCUCCUUUUUAAUUACCUACGCUUACUGUGUUAUCAAGCUGGGAACCUGGACUCCUGACACACUGCAAGACGGGGCAUUUGUAGGUUUCUUGAUACUAUCAUAUGCUCAGCCUUCCUUAACCCUGUGGCCCAAAUGUAGGCUGUGAGCUCCUUGGGGUAGGCACAUCUUUUUCGCUUAUAUUGCACCAUAAAUUAAGUGUGUUGGACACUGCAUUAAUGAACAAACCCAGAUAGCCUCUGUGAACCAUUCACUCAGCUGACACGCCUCUCGUGGGAAUCAUUCCCAUUUAUUCAUUGGUUCAUCAGGAAGUUAGGGUGCUCGUUUUCUGCGUAAGAAUGUUGGGAUGGGAACAAAUCUCAUUAACAGUGUAGCCGUGUAACACAUGGUGAACUAACAAAAAAAAAGGGGAUUUCAUUAAAUAUUCCUUGCUUUCAUGUUUGGGUUCCAGAGAUGACCAACCAGACUCAGCAGGGAUCUUGGAAGUGGUCGAAAUUAUGAGCCAAGGGUUCGUCCAGGUUUAUCGUAGUGGGAGAUGGGAACAAGGUGUUCUCUCUUUUGUUUUGGAAACAGCAAAGGAAGCAGCAAGGCACAAGCCCUAUGCACCCCAUUUUGUUUUUCUGUCCAGCAGGUGUAUUGACACACAUGGCUUUCACUUAAUCCAGCAGUGUUUAGGGAGGCCACGAAAGAGGUUUUUCAACAGUAAGUAGGUGCAGAGUUAGGGACGUGGGUGGCGCUGUGGGUUAAACCACAGAGCCUAGGACUUGCCGAUCAGAAGGUUGGCGGUUCGAAUCCCCGCGAUGGGGUGAGCUCCCAUUGCUCAGUCCCUGCUCCUGCCAACCUAGAAGUUCGAAAGCACGUCAAAGUGCAAGUAGAUAAAUAGGUACCGCUCCAGCGGGAAGGUAAACGGCGUUUCUGUGUGCUGCUCUGGUUCACCAGAAGUGGCUUAAUCACAUGACCCGGAAGCUGUACACCGGCUCCCUUGGCCAAUAAAGCGAGAUGAGCGCCGCAACCCCAGAGUCGGUCACGACUGGACCUAAUGGUCAGGGGUCCCUUUACCUUUACCUAGGUGCAGAGUUAAGCUGGGAAAAGUGGUCUGAUGACUAAUGGGAUCUUGAGCCCGCCAGGUCACUAAAGAGGCUGGGAGCUGGUCCACUAUAUUAGAGAAGAUUUGACAGCAUCUUUCCAAUGUGCAGCAAGCCAGCAAAUAGUUUUCUCUUGUUUAGCUCUCGCCUUUCAUUUUUGGGACAGGCAUUUUAACCACCAAGAAAGCAGAAGAACUUCUAAGCGGUUUGGCACCUGGGAGCUUCCUGAUCCGGGUCAGUGAAAAGAUCAAAGGCUACGUCCUCUCGUAUUUGUCGGCCAAAGGCUGCAAGCACUUCCUGAUAGAUGCUUCCGGGGAUUCGUACAGCUUCCUAGGUGUGGAUCAGCAGCAGCAUUCAUCGUUGGCUGACCUGGUCGAUUACCACAAGGUGCGCCACUCAUAAUGCUCAACUUCCCCCCCCCACCUCAUUCUAUGACUAUGUUGAAGCUUCUUGGUGCGCGGAAUGUUAUUCUGCAGGACUUAAUGCAACGUUAGCUGCCCUGUAAGUGUUAUUGGUUGGGACCUUAGCUGUCAACGUUUCCCUUUUUUAAAAGGGGAAUUCCCUUAUUCCGAACAGGAUUCCUUGCAAGCAAAGGGGAAAGUUGACAGCUAUGGUUGGGACACGGGUGGCGCUGUGGUAUAAACCACUGAGUCUUGGGCUUGCCGAUCGGAAGGUCAGUGGUUCGAAUCCCCGCGACGGGGUGAGCUCCCGUUGUUCGGUCCCAGCUCCUGCCAACCUAGCAGUUCUAAAGCAUGCCAGUGCAAGUAGAUAAAUAGGUACCGCUCCGGCCGGAAGGUAAAUGGCUUUUGCGUGUGCUGCUCUGGUUCACCAGAAGCGGCUUAGUCAUGCUGGCCACAUGACCCAGAAAAACUGUCUGCGGACAAAUAUCGGCUCCCUCGGCCAGUAAAGCGAGAUGAGCACUGCAACCCCAGAGUCGUUUGCGACUGGACUUAACUGCCAGGGGUCCUUUACAUUUUUAAGUGUUAUCGGAACGUAAGGACAAAGAACGAUGCAACAUUUUAAGGAGCUGGGCCCAGUCUGGGAUUAUCCUCACUGUUGUGAAUACAAAUACAGUGGUACCUCGGGUUACAUACGCUUCAGGUUACAGACUCUGCUAACUCAGAAAUAGUACCUCGGGUUAAGAACUUUGCUUCAGGACGAGAACAGAAAUCGUGCUCCGGCGGCGCGGUGGCAGCAGGAGGCCCCAUUAGCUAAAGUGGUGCUUUAGGUUAAGAACAGUUUCAGGUUAAGAACGGACCUUCGGAACGAAUUAAGUACAAAUGCAGAGGUAGCACUGUAUGCCCUUUUCUGCUCCAAGGCUACUGAACCAGUUCUAGUUGAGAAAGGCAAAGUGUCCCUGCCCUGGAGGGUGGGCCUGCUUGUUGGCUUGCUCCCCCAGUACCUGUUGGUUGGCACUUGUGAUGAUAUGCACGUACUAUAUUAUAUUACUCCCCCACUCCUUUCACUAGAGCGGUUCUGCAAAUGCUUUUUAAAAUGUUUCCGAAUUUAUUAUCUUUGGUGCAAAGUGAAUGAUGAAAACUGAAAGAGAAGAAUGUCUGUGCACCACUUUUAUAUGAAACAAUACCCACCCACCCCACAAAAAGGAGAUGUAGAUCUCCAGACACACAAAGCAAAAAAGCAUGGCUGCUUGUUUAUUCCAGGAUUUCACUUGCAGGAAUGUAGCUGUCUUGUGUAUAUGUUGUCUUAAAGCUGAGCUCAAAUCCACUGGGCGAAGAGCCCGCCUUGAUUGCUGUUUGAAAUCAGAUUUCUCUUUACCCCAAGCUAUACUGAUAUCAACUGAUGGUAUGCUCAGCUACCUUAAAUGCUGCUCAUCUGCCUGCUUUGAUAACCAGCCUGGAUAGCUCAGUUGGUUAGAGUGUGGUGCUGAUAACGCCAAAGUUGCAGGUUUGAUCCCUGCAAGGGACAGCUGUAUAUUCCUGCAUUGGUUGGACUAGGUCAGGGGGUCAGCAAACUUUUUUAGCAGGUCCACUGUCACUCAGACCUUGUGGGCGGCUGGACUAUAUAUUUUUUUUGGGGGGGGGGGGGAAAUGAACGAACGAAUUCCAAUGCCCCACAAAUAACCCAGAGAUGCAUUUUAAAUAAAAGCACACAUUCUACUCAUGUAAAAACACGCUGAUUCCUGGACUGUCUGCGGACCAGAUUAAGAAGGCGAUUCGGCCGGAUCCGGCCCCCGGGCCUUAGUUUGCCUACCCAUGGACUAGAUCAGUGGUGUCCAAACUUUUUUCAAAGAGGGCCAGAUCUGAUGAAGUGAAGGGCUGUGAGAGCUGACCAAAGUUGUUGACCUUUUUUUAGGAUUGAAGUUGUUUUUUCGGAUUUUACCCCAGGAAAUAAACUGCCACAGGGGCCGGAUUAAACCGACCAGUGGGCCGGAUUAGGCCCCUGAAACAGACUUUGGACAUGCCUGGACUAGGUGAUGUUCAGGGUCCCUUCUUCCAGCUCUAGAAUUCUAUGGUUCUAAACUGAUUGACCAGUUUCUAGUAGGAAAUGAAUGGCUGAUUUUAGACCUCUGGAACCUAAAUUUGUACUGGCUUUCUUCCUAUUAGGAGGAGCCCAUCACAUCUUUUGGAAAGGAGAUUCUGCGUUAUCCCUGUGGCCAGCAAGGGGAGGAGCCAGACUACCUUGAUCUUUUCGAGUGACGCCUGACAUUUCUGUUCUCUACCAUGUGAAGCACUUCUCUUGAAUGGAUAGAUGUGGAGCAGGCAAAAGUUGAGCCAGCUCCCGUCAGCUUUUACAAUACCCUCGUAAACGGCGAAGCGAUGGUGCGAGUACGUUUGGCUAAUCGAGAAGUGAAAUCUGGGCAGCUGCCAGCAAGCGACAAGAAGAUACAAAGGAACAGGAAGCAGAACCAUAAAGAAAAUAGCAAAAGAAUAAAUCUAUUUUGAAAGAUAAUUACAGCAAUUAAAACUUUCCAUAGACACCUUUGUUCAGGCUGAAUCCUGCCCUUGUGUGUUCCUGUUCAAUCAGGAGACAUAGAACAUUUCCAAAGUGUAAUUCACAUUUCCUGUAAAUACUUGAAAGGGUUGUAUUAUUAUUAGCGAAAGCCACAAAUGCAGAAAUAGGGUCGUCUUCAGAAAGGUGGGCCCUCUCUGCUCCCAUUAGCCAGUGAAUGUGGUCAAGAGCAGUAAGGCCACUGUUCAUAUCUUCAAACUGCCUCCAUUUCCUGCGAUCAGACCCCGGUGAAAUCAUGUCCCUGGCUUAUCGCCGUUUUGUCUUUGGAGUUGUUGGGGGGUGGGGUGCCAUUAAAACCUGCCAGUGUGUCACAUCCAGGCAGGGUAGUUCUCCCAGUUUCAGCCCUCUCCAGAACUCGCUAGAAGCUCAGUCUCUGCAGGUGGCAGAUGCUAAGUGAAGCCAAGUGACUCCAGCGUGCGCGACGGAAAAUUUGUCCCCACGCUACACUGCUACUGUUUUCCUUUUGUUGCUCCACAGCCACCCAGGCAGACAUACUACCUGUUUCAGCACCCAGUGCAGUACAGACGGUUGCGAAGUAAAUGACCAGCAGAUAAAGAACCGUCCUUCGCAAUGGAUGCUCAUGUGUUGCGGAUGCAACGAUGGGGACUUUGAAUGCUGACUCUGGGUAUGAAAAUAGGGCUGCUAAAAAGGGGUGUUGCUGUUUUUUGCUAGGAAAUGUUAGGAGAAAUGUUGCGGGGGGGUUUUUUAACCAAGCCCUCUCUCUGUAAAGGAAUGGACUCAUCCAUUGCCUGAAUCCCAUUUUAAUUGUGUUCUUCAGUUCACUGUGGAGGGCCACCCUUUUUAGACUCACGCUUCCCCUGGGCCUAGAAAGCUGGGUCUGAGUGGUUUUGCAUUUGCCCCACUUCUUUCCCCCAGAAAACCCGUGGUUUAGCACUGAAUCGGGGGGGGGGGAUGGAAAAGUGUGGUUGGGCCCCCGUUGUGCCUUCAUGAUUUGUGCUCAUGAUGCGAUUGGAGAGGUUGUACUUGAUUCCACUUCCAAUACUGUUUGUGCCUCCAGAUGUUUCAGGGUGAACACACUGCUUCCUUUCCAAUCAGUGCACGUCCUGUAACUUUCUCCCGAUGUCCUGUCACUUUUUGUACCGGAAAUGUUCCAGUUUAUUCUGUGUCCUGCUUUGGUAGAGCUAUAGUACAAAGAGUGUCCCUCUAGACAGCAGCACUGAAAUACCAUUGAAGAAGCAUCGCAGAACGAAUAAUAAAGUGGAAUCAUGUGUGGAUGGUCCAGUAUAAAUCCAUCACUAAAUGCACUAUUAUUGAGCCAAUAACAUGUUGCAGAACAAAAAUAGCGCUUUUCUGCAGGGGCCUGGAGUGAGAAACUCUGGAUCAAGAUUUGCCAAAAUGAAAGGCAAAGUGGCUGAAAUUUUAAAAGAGACUAUUUGCCUUCUCUGCGCAGAAUCUGGACAAGGCUCCACUAUAUACCCUUGCUUUUCAAUUAUCAGUAUUAUCUAAUUGUUUGUACAGCUAGGUAUGUCAGGAAAUAUAUACCUUAUAUUUUCAUCUGUGUCUGUAUUUAAAUGAUGCUCUGUUUUAAAGGCUGGAACCUCAAACACGUAAGAGUAAGAAGAAAGCAGAAUCCAAGUCAGCAAAUAUUAAUGUCAAGUCCUAGAUAAAAUCAUUGUCUGC